AUGGCAUCAUCAAGUCCUAUUGAAUCUGCAACAACAAAUAUUGUAGCCACUGUUGCUGUGGCUUCAACUGCAUCAACUGCAAGUGUGAAAACGACUGUAUUUUCACCAGAUGACAUUAAAAAAAUUGGGCUUGAUAAGAUCAUCAACAAUGAUGUAACAACUAAAAGUUCUGAAACUGUUGAAGAUAAAACAGAGAAAAUUGAUGAAUGUAAGUCUGAAGAAGAAAUGAAACAAGUUGAAGGUAAACUUGAUGAUAAAACUGAGAAGGUGGAUGAAGAUAAACCUGUUGAUGACUCAGAGAACAUUCAUGAAGAUGCUAAAGUUGAAAAUGUUGAAGAAGGUAAUGCUGCUCAAGAAGUUGAAGAAGAUAAGGUUAUAGAAAAGGAUAAAGACAAUGAAGAAUGUAAACAGGUUGAAGGAGAAAAAGAUAUUGACGAGGAAAAAGACUUAGAAGAACCAAAAGAUAUUGAAGUACAGAAAAAUAUUGAAGAACAGGAAGAAGCAGUUGAAGAAGCAGAUGAUAAUGAAAAGCAUAAGGAAGUUCAGCCAGAAACAGCUGAGGAGGAACACAUAGAAGAAGCUAAAGAUGGUGUAGAAGAAGGUGAUGCAGUUUCUGAAGAUAGUAAUGAUGUAAAAGAAGUUGUAGAGACACCUGUCUCACCAAAGACACAAAUCACGUUCCGUAACAAUCUCAAACUUAAUAUGCAGAGAGUGCUGCAAGACAAGAAGAUCACAAUUGUUGCAAAGAAAAAAGCUCAACAGCUUGUUAUAAUCAAGCGUCCUAAUCCUGAUGUUGUUGAAGGCAAAAAAAUCAGAGUAAUGCAGAACCGUAUCAUCCACGUGCAGAAAAAAGUUGAUGCUGUAGAUUCUGUCAAUGGCAAAACUCUAAAACUAGUAGGAAAAACAGUGGCAAAGCCAGUUGUAAAGAAAGCUUCCGCAUUUGAUUUUGACGAUGGUGACGAAGGAGCGAGUCCUGUUUUUAAAGCAUCUCCUAUGCGUACGUAUAAACGUAAACGGAAUGAUGGUCAAGACACAAGCGAGAAAAAAAUAGUCAUUGUCCCAGCUGUUAAAAAGAUAGAAGUGAAAGAAGUCGCUGCAACUGUUCCGCAGCAAAUUCCAAAAAAACGUAUCCCACUGAGAAAAACUGAACUCGCGGAGCAGAAAAUUGAGUUUUAUGAUGAUGAUGAUGUGGAUGAUGAUCUUGAUGAAGAGCAACUCGAAGAAGAAUCCGAUUCUGAAGAAAUUAUCAUUGUUCAGGUUCCCGACAAGACCAAACAAACGGAACUUGUUGUUGAUGACGGAGAUGAAGAUGAUGACGAAGAUGACGAGGAAGAGAUACAUUUUAUUACUGACAAAGAUGCUGAUGAUUCAGACUCAGAGGAUCCACAGAGAAAAAUGAUGAAGAAGUAUGAUGGAAAAACUCAGGCCGAAAUAAUUCAAGCAAUCAAAAAGAAACGCGGAAGGAGAAGCAAAGCCGAACUUGAAUUGUUAGCCAAAUGGGAUAAAGAAACUAAAAUAAAGAAGAAGAAAUCAGACGAAUCUGAUGAUGAAGAUAAAGAAGACAAUGACGAGGAUGAUGAAGAAGAUGAAGAAGACGAGUCACAAGUUGAGAAGAUUAUCAUGUCGCCUACUAGAACCGGCCGUGUCCCUAAACGCAACAAAUUGUUCGAUAAUUUUGUUACAGGCUCUAGAGCAGCACGUAAACCGUCAACAAGUGACUCUGAAACGCCAAAAGUUCAGAAGACACAACCACAGACUCCAAAAGUUGUUGAUGGUGAAACGCCAACUCCGAAACGCAGAGGAAGACCACCAAAAAACAAAGCUGUCGAGACACCUAAACCCACACCUGUUGAAGAAGUCCCUGAGGAAAAAUCAGAAGUGAAAGAGGUUCAGAGUGUUACACAAGAUGAAAAGUCCGAAGCGGUGCAUGUAACAGGCGAUUCGGAGGUGAUUGUUAUUCCAAAAAAGAGGGGCAGGCCUGCACCAGUUAAAAAAGUUGAAGCAGUUAAAGCAGUUUCAGAAAAAUCCGAAUCCGAGGAAGAAAAAGAUGAAGAGCUUAUUGUAAAGAAGCCGCGUGGUAGGCAGGCGAGUAAAACCGAAGUCGAAGAAGUGAAGAAUGGAUCCGAUCCGAAGGAAAAGACUAAUACGGAAGAAGAAGUUGUUUUGCCCCGAAGGGGCAGGACGGCGGCGAGGAAGACGGUCGACGAACCUAAGGUAAAGAGCACGUCGCGCGGCCGGAAGCGCAAGAUGGCCGAGCGGCAAGAAAGUCCAUCAACAUCAGCCGCCGACGACGGUGUUGAUGAACCUUCGAAGAGGCAGAAGGUAGAAACGCUUAAUGAACCUGUUGCAGAUCUAGGCGCGACGCCCAAAGAGGAAGGCGCCACCACAAAAAUGUACAGAUUAUUAGUUGCUAAUUUAGUUGUUAACGUAAGAGAACGGAUGGCUGCCGCCCAGGACCAACCUAAGGGACCUGGUCAAACUGAAACAUGCGCCAUUUGUAAAUUCAAUUGUAAGAAGGCCGAGUGGAAUGCGCACCUACAACGCGAACAUAAUAACAUUGCAUGGAAAACAUCACAAGAACCAUUGGAUUUAGAUGAUCACUAUGUGAUCCAAGCAGCUUUAUUGAAAUUAUAUCCGUCUAAACCAUACACGUGCGACUUUUGUCAGGAUAGUAAGAAAUCCGCUCUGGGUUUCUUAACGCAUAAAGUCACAUGUAACAAAACACAGGAACAAAUUGAAGAGCUGAAACUCAGUUGUGACUUGUGUGAUAGACGUUUAUUGCCACAUCAAAUUGUGGAUCAUGAUAAAUAUCAUCGAAAGAUGACUUUACAGAGAGCUAAAUCAAAUAAACCAGACUCUGAUAAUAGUGUUGCUAAAGCAGAUGGUACACCUUCUAGACGAGCUGCUGCGUUAAAGGCUUCGGAAAUGAUUAAACAAGUAACAACCACCGAACUAUCCACAACUGAAGGAAACGCUCAAAUCCCGUUUAAAAUAUUGAAACAAUUUUAUGUGAAAAACAAACCUGAUCAUUCAAGUAUAAAGAAUUUAAUCAAGAAAACGUUGGAAGCUGGUGAAUUAGCGUGUAUUUUCGGUUGUGAACAGAAAUUCUCGGAGUUGCAUGCGAUUUAUGAGCACUUUGAAACAUGUCAGAAAAAAACUGAAUUUUUUUUCAUUUGUAAACUUUGCCUCAAUGUAUCUGAAGUUAUUCCGGACUUUAAAAAGCAUCUUAGUGAUAAACAUUCCGCUGAAGUUGAGAAAAAAAUGACCGACGGCGAUACUUUUGUUGCCGAUGAAUCAAACGUCGCUGAGGAUCCUGAGGAAUUUGAAGCUGAUGAGGUUGAAGACGACGAUGACGUUAGUAAUAGCAAAAAUAAGCCAGGGGAAACCAAAAACAUUAAUACAUUCUGGAAAAUAGUAAAAUUUAGAAAGUUAUCAAAAACUCGAAACGCUCCUAAAGGAUGCCCGCUUGGCAACAACGCGAUCGUUUACUCAAAAAUGAUGGAUUUUUGUUUAACUUACUACUCGAAAGAAUUAUUCACCAAUUUCCCGUUUAAAAAAUCAACAUGGUUUGCUGUGAAUAAAAAUUAUAUCGGUCAAUAUCUGCCUAAAAUGAAACAAUCAAUACCAAUCGGACAUGUCUUCGGGACAAUUAAGGCAAAACCAGAUAACACUGCCUUUAUAAGAUACCGCUUGUUUGAAACGGCAUUGGUAAAUGGUGUUGUGAAUAUAUUUUGUGGUGGACCUAUAACUGCAAUGGCUUGGGCACCCACCGAUUAUAACGAAUCGGAGUGCGAGCAGAUACUUGCGGUUGCUGUGCAACCAGAUAUCACUAAAAUAUACGACUAUACUAAGAAUGAUGUACAUAAGAGUGUGAUUCAAUUGUGGAAUUUUGGAGUUUUGCAAAAUAAUCAGCCGUUUAGUGCAGUUCCACACUUGGAGGUGAUUAUUGCGCAUCAAAAUGGCGGUUGCUUUUCGAUGGAAUGGUGUCCUUCGGGAGCGUAUGAAGGUGGUGAUGGAGUUAGGUUAGGGUUGUUGGCGGCUUGUUGUACGGAUGGGAAUGUUUAUUGUUAUAGUGUUGGACGAGGCAAUUUAUUGAAUGAAAAAAUAUAUAAACCGAAACCAGUUUUCAAGCUGGUUAUGACUAAGGAAUGUGAUAUUAAUUUGGCUCACAGAGGUCUAUUUCCGACAAAAUUAUCAUGGUCUAAGGCAUCAGGACAUAAAUAUAUAGCAGUGGCUUACUCAAAUGGAAUGGUAGGAAUGUUUAAUAUCAGCACAGAUAGUGAAUUGUUGCAAGAAGUUGACGCGAACAACAUCAAAGUGUUCUAUCCGUAUUUUUGUUUCAAGGCGGAUGAUAUCGAAAUAACUGCAAUAAGUCUGAAUUAUCUCGGUGGUGGUAAUCGUUACUUGGCUACCGCUUCCGGCACGAAAAACUUUAAGUUUUGGGAUAUUCAGUCGAUGGCGUUGACACCCUUAAUCGUAAAUAAGCGCGCGUGUAUUAGUCAGAUAUUCUGGCCCACAAACGCGCUGACGAUGUUUAAUUGCAAUGAUGAAUGUUCAAGCAACGCAUAUUUAACGAUGACAUCAACAAAUCUCAUCGAGUUCGAUUUUGUGCGCCCAACGUCAAUGCUCUUCAAUCACACGGGCUCACGCUGCAUCAGUGGUUCGGAUUGGGGCGGCACGGUUUAUCAAGCUAACGAGGCGGGUGAAGUGACAUGCGCUACAUAUCGCGACUUGGUACCAUUUGCGUUGGAAGUGCCUUGCAAACGAUACGUUUGCUCUAAUGCCCGAAUCAUCGCCGACGACAAUAUUUGUCUGUCGACUAAAAACAAGCAGAAUUUUGACAUCCUCCAGAAAACACAUAAGGUUUUAUUCCAUGACUACAAUUUGACUAAGAAGUCAAGCCUGAAAACUCAAGAGCGCGCCGCACAUGAACUCAGCUCUCCGGAUUGUUCCAUGUUUCCAAUACAAGCGGCAACCGCCAUCUGCACGAACAGCAAUCGUUUUAGUUUUCUCUUCAACGCGGUCGGUUACAACAUUGGUUUUGUGCGUGUGUUUCACUCGAACUUUAUGAACGUUUUAUAAUUUUUUAUCUUUAAUUUCUUUUCUAAACAUAAUUGUAAAUAGAAAAAAUACUUUUUAUAGAUAAUAAAAUCUACAAUUAAGCAUACUAGUUUAAGAAGAUAACGUUAAAUUUGGAUUAUUUUGUAAAAUUAUUGGUAAUACACUUUUCGUUCUCAAUAAAUAAACAUAAAACUUG